AUCUACAGGAAAUUAGCAUCCCUUCUUCUGGUCUUUGUUAGUCUGAGAGCUUGUACAACACCUCCUCGGUCUUCGGACGAUGCUUAGCGGGGCUAUAUAAAAUGAUGCGCUCUGCGUCCAUAUUCACUGGCAGCGUUAUCACUAUUCCGGCUCAGCGCAUCCAAAAUGCCGUGGAGAUCCUUCCGCACAAGCGCGCCCUUUCGGAUAUUCUGGUAGGGCCCGAAAGUUUUUCCGCAGCUGUGCUAGGGGCUCAUUCGUUGCCGCGACAGCAAUUGUCUGGAAAAACUGUUACACGCGCUGUCGUUACGUCGACCCAUUCGCGACUGCCUAUGAAUUACCAUUUGACAACCUCGGCUCAUGAAUAUUUGAGUUCGUAUUUGUAUUCGACCUUACUGAUCGUCUCCCCCAAAAUCAACCCUAAGGAUGGCAGAAUGUGCAACAGCGUCCAGAUUCUAAGCCGGCAGAAUCAGAACCGUUCGGGCAUUGUGUGCCGACCCGAGCCGUACAUAAAUAGAUGGACCCUACCGUUCGUCACUAUCAAUGGCAAUCACUAUACAAGGCGGCUGGCAUUUCCGCGUACGACGGUUAACUUGACGGUACAGUGGACACCGAGUGACACUUAUAUGGUGGUCCGGGUGUCGCCCCGCAGAGGAGUUGUUUGUUGUUGCCCGUUCGCUUUGCAUUCUGCAGGAUAUGCAGCAUUUUUUUCAGAGUUCCGUGUUCGUCGUGGAGAAUCCAAGGGUCAAAGAGGGCCCUAUCUGACAUAUGUUUUCCAUCGCCGUCUUCUUUGGAAACGCUGACUGAGGGUGUUUAUUACCGAGCCUUGAUAAGUCUUAUUUAUAGCUCAUAUUUCCAGAAUGCUCAGAGACGUGAGAUAGGGGAUUCCUGAAACGAUGAUCACGGCGGAAGAGUGACUUUGGUAAGGACUGCACCGUGUAAUGGAUUCUCAGGAUCACAGAGCGCGUUACACGUGUCAUAGCGAAUUCGAAGGAAGGACAAGUUCUGUGUAGCAGA